AUGAAGCACGGUGCGGUGGCGCUCAUAAUCGAUGAGGGACCAUCGCGAACUGCAACGUUGGAUGCCGCUAGUAGUGAGAAGCAAUACGAUAGAUCCAGAAAGGCUACGGAACUGUGCUGGAUCACUCUUCGGAAACUAUAUCUGCCUGAUGUGUGUAUGUGUGUGUCUUGGGAAAGUUGUUCUCGUCUAGAAGAUUUGAAGGGUCAAAAGGUGCUACACGAAACAGCCGCUCGCAUGAUGGAAGAACAACGAGUGACGGAACGAAAAUUGUUGAGAAGUUCCCUACUAAGAAAUCUCAAUGCAAAUGCAACAAGUUCGUUCGUGAAUGCAAAGGUGUUACGGGAAGGUAAAAUCGUUUGGGAUCAAGUUUGGGUCCGUGAUGGAAAAAUAAUUGAUGGAGCUGCAGUGUUUUAUGACGAAAAACGUAAUCCAGACAUCCAAGUGGAUUGCGAAGGUCACAUUUUAUCGCCUGGAUUUAUCGACAUACAGAUAAACGGAGGAUUUGGAGUGGAUUUUUCCACUAUAACUUCUUCAGUUGAAGAAUAUAAACGUGGAAUCGAUAAGGUGUCGCGACAACUUCUAAGCUAUGGUGUCACGACAUUCGUACCAACGGUGAUAACGAGUCCACCACAUGUGUAUUCUAAAGUUCUACCAUUACUCCGCCGUCGUGAUGGCAGUGCUAGAGGAGCAGGUAUCCUAGGAGCACAUGUGGAAGGUCCAUUUAUUUCGCCGGAAAAGAAAGGAUGCCAUCCAAAACAACAUAUAAGAGAAUUCGGGAAUGAUGCAGUGAAAGCGUUGCUAGAGGUCUAUGGUUCCACAGAAAAUAUCGCAAUAAUUACAAUAGCACCGGAGUUGGAGAAUAGUGAAGCAGCGAUAAGGUAUAUGAGCGAAAAAGGAGUGCUUGUGUCAUUAGGACAUUCAGCAGCAGGACUAGUAGCUGGAGAACGUGCAGUCGCAGCAGGAGCACGAUGUAUCACGCACUUAUUCAAUGCGAUGCAAUCAUAUCAUCACCGGGAUCCAUGUUUAAUAGGGCUACUAACAUCGAAGAUGUUAGGGAAUCGUACAAUGUACUACGGUAUCAUCUCCGAUGGAAUUCAUACACACGACUCAGCUCUGAGAUUAGCGCAUCGAACAAACCCGGAAGGAUUAAUAGUAAUAACAGAUGGCAUAGCGGCGUUAGGAAUGGGCGAUGGUGUACAUAAGUUGGGCGAUUGCGUUGUGAAUGUGAAUGGUCUGCAUGCCAUUCUAGAAGGAACGGAGACAACAGCUGGAAGCGUUGCAUCGAUGCCAUAUUGCAUUAAGCAUUUUGCCAAAGCGGCUCGAUGUGGGCUUGAAGAAGCUUUAAUUUGCGCUACUGAGAAGCCCGCUACGUUGAUGGGUAUACAAGGUUGUAAAGGCUCCAUUUCGAUAGGUUUGGAUGCUGAUCUGGUGCUGAUAACUGAGGGCGUCGACAUCUUAGCAACAUAUAUUGGUGGAAACCUGGUUUACGCAAACAAACAUAUGUAA